UUGGUCACGUUAUCAGGCACACCGGAGCGGGAUGAACGACACACUUCUGUCUUGUCAACUUUAGUUUGGUGUUGUUUAUGUGCUGUUGUACCAUAUUAUACAGCAUUUCACAGUUUAAUUCAUGGGCGCCGUGUAAAGGAGUUCUAUUUAAGACACUCUCUAUGUCUUUUUAAUCAAUAAAUCCAAAUAUUGUUUUGACUGAAUGAGGUUUUGUAGCUUAGCAGGCUAACUUCCCAUUGGAAAUCACGACUAGUUUUUGCUAGCUUAGCUGGCAGCAGCGACAGCCAGAGAAGCCAGAGGCAAGCAUGAACUGUCCCCCAACAAAGCGUCUCCGUGGCCUGAACAAGGAUGUAGUGACAGCAGUGGCUUUUGAUGACCCUUUUGGAGAUGAUGAAGAAUUCACCCAGGAAGUUUUAGAUGAAAUCGAUGAUAUCGCCUCGCAAGCCAUCACGUCGGCUUCGGAAGGUGUAGAGCCAGGGACAGGAUCCAAAACGACUCAGCCAGCCCGCGGGUCAUCCUGGCCAUCCUCCUUUGGGCAGAACAAACCUGUGAACAAAACCACAUCUAAUCAUAGCAGAGAAAAUGCAUUUUCUUUAAACAGUAGCCACAGAGAGAAUGCGGGGAUACCAAGUAGAGAACCAUUGGGUAACAGGCAGCAGCAGUUUGGGUCAGACAGAGAGGACUCCUACGGUCUCCUGGAGGCUCAGCAUGCAGAGCUGAAGAGGAAGCUGAAGGAGGUGGAAGAGGAGAUUGUGUUGAAGAGCGGGGAGAUCCGGGUCUUGAGGGACUCUCUAAAAGCAGCUCAACAGGAGAAGGAGGCUCGGAGACAGAAUCAGACCCUACUGGACACUCAGAGACAGAAAGAGUAUAGUGAAAGGGAAAAGGAGCUUAACAGGAAGGUUCAGUCUCUGCAGUCUGAACUGCAGUUUAAAGAAGCAGAGAUCAAUGAGAUGAAGACCAAACUGCACACUUCAGACAAAAACAAAACAGCCUCUCCGCUGCCUAGGAACAGUCCUAAAAUCCUGAAUCAUGGAAGCAGCAGCUCAUCCUCUCCAAUAGGAAAUGGUUUCAUCACCAAGGAGAUGUUUGGAGCCCAGGUAUCAUCCAGAGUGACACCAGUGAAGGCACGGAGAGAUGCAGAGAGAGGAGCAUCCAGCAGCAAAUCUAGUGAUGUGUCUCGACCAGACCCCUUCCUGUCUGUCAGACCGUCUCAUCUGCAGCACAGAGGUGGCAUCCUGCUGGGGCUAUUGCUGCAGCAGCCUCUUUCUCCCAGUAGCCUCGGGCUCUCUCAUUUGCUGAGUAUGAGUCUGACUGACAUUCAUCUGACAUCCAGUCGGCUGUCAGCAGGUUUUCUGCUCAACUCUGAUGCUGCAGCUGGUGUCAGUGGAGCUGGAGCUCCCAGAGCUGCUCUUAAUCCUGUCCAGAGUCUAGCUGUAACUGGACUCAACAUGCUGAGUCAGAGCCAACCGGCAUCUGCAGCCAGCAGCAAAAACAGGUCGUGUCCUGGAGGUGUCCUCCUCCUCUCUCUGUUGGACCUUCACCUGUCUCAGCUAUGCCAGUCUCUGGACUCGCUCCGCUCCUCCUCCGCUAGCAGCAGUGGUUUAGACUCUUCAGCUGCCAAUACACUUCCAGCAGGCCGCACUGCUGCAGCUUCUGCUGGGCUGCGAAGACUGGAGGAGGCUCGUUUAUGUGGGUUUAAAGUGGAGGACAUUGGCCUAGCUGCUCUGAGGCUCCUUUGUCUCCUGCUUGUCCACAGUGAUGAGGUGGUGGAGGCUGUGUUGUCAAAGGAGAGUCAGAGCAGAGCCAUCGACCGUAAGGCGGAUGGAGUGGACCUCUGCUCUCAGAACACUUUGUUACAGUCACUGCUGCGGUUGUGUGAUCCGUGGCCCGGUGGAAGCAGCCCACAGAUUGAGGCGAUUUCCCUCAAUGCCAUGAAGACUCUGUGUGUCUUAAUUGAGAGAACGCCAGACAAACAUGUUGACAGGUUAGAGUGUGUGAUGCCGGUGGUGUGUACGUGUGUGUCAGUGGACAGCCGGUUCCAGACAGUUUCACAGUGUGUGUCCAUCCUCACAUCGAUGUCUGACCAUGAAGCACUGGCGAAGAAGCUAUGCUCUCAGCAUGGUGAGGCUGCCCCCUCUGCAGCACUUUACCUUGUCUGAAGUUUAAUAUCAUUUAUAUGCUCGACCAAAGUCCUACAAGAAGCAAGUCUCAGAACUAUUUAUUUAUAUCUAAUUGAAUCCUUCCAUAGAUUUCAGUGCCAUGUUUCCACCUCUUAUGUUUCUGAAUACAAACCCAAUAAUAAAUACAAAACUAUAAUAAUUCUGACAGUCUGUCUCUAAAAACACGGUUUCUUUGCAUUGCUUCUUGUUCCAGGGUGUGCCUCACCUCUGCAGCCAUGCUGUAGCUCCUCUUUGCCAUGGUGGCACAACUCAGCGGCAUCUCUGCUCAGAGAGUGUGUGCUGCUGUUGCAUUGGUUGCUUCUGCAUCAUGGCAGCUUCUCCGAGAGCUGCAGGCCGCUGCUGCACAUGUACGACCAGGUGAUCCCUGCUGUACGAGACACGCUGAGGAAGAUCCCGGAUCUGACCGAGAGCGAGGAGUUGGCAUUGGACGAGAUCUGCCGCUCAGAGGGGGAUGAAGCUGAUGACAUGGACACUGACGCCGGCUCCUAAAUGGCUGCUCCCACUGACCUCUUGAUUUAGUGACGCAUGCGGGACAGUUUACUGACUGCUGAUGCAAUGUGUUUUAGACUGGAACAAGGACAGAGCAGCCUGUGGUUCUUAUCAGACUUCUAAGUGAAGUGAAGGUUUCACAGAAAUGGAAUAGAGGUGAGUCAGAGGUCUGACUGAAGUAAUGAACACAGAGUGUUUACUCUGCUUUCAGGUGGGAUUUCAUAAUAAAACAUGAAGGUGAGGGGGGAAAAAUCUCCUGUCAGUAUUUAUGUUUACUUGUAAUCUUUCUUUUCUUUCUCUUCUCCUAAUUUCUUUGUUAAAGUCAAGGCUACUCUUUUAUUUCUCUGUGCUUUCAACUAAUAUGUAGCUGGGUAUCGCCCCACAACUAUCAAAUAUCAGUACAACUACUGAUAUUUAAAAAAAAAAAAAAAAGGGUGGAAUUUCUUAACUGCUGUAUAAUUUAUAAUACUAUGAAACAGUUACUGCAACUCUCCAGUUCUUUAUUACUGGAUGAUUAGCAGAUGAUACUCUGCACCACUUUUGGAAAUUUCAUCAGUUUUUCCCAAAACCCUCUCUGAAUAUGGAGCUACCCUAAACUUUGCACUUGCACAGACAGGUCAACAGUCUCUCUUUCUAGCACCUCUAAGGGUCAUUCACUUGUUUGCACAGUUAUAUACAAACAUGUAUUAUUUGUAUUAUUAUGUUUAAAAAUUAAGGGUGUAAAAUUUAAAGCCAAUGAUACCAAAAUGCUGGUACAGGUACACUUCAGACUUGAAAAAAUGUUGUCUUAAGAUAAUACGGGGAUUGUGUGUGUACAUGUAAAAG